AUGGCGACUGAAUCAGAACUAGCAAAACAGUCUGUACCGAUAAACAAGAUACCAAAAAACUCUAUUGAUUCUGUGAUUAGAGUCUUAGUUAUUCGAAGAGGUUCAAUAACACCUUAUAAGAAUUCAAGGAAUGAAGGAACUUACAGAACAAUCAUAUUAGUUGACGAAGAGUACUCUUCUGUGCAUAAAGAAGUUGAAUUGGCCUUUACAGACAACACUGUCAUAAAGGAGACCAUCCAUGAGGUUUCAACACAGAAAUUUUCUGAUGGCUUUUUAUCAUUAGACGCUGCUGAUAACUUACAUAAUGGUUCUAUUCUAGGUAACUAUCCAAACGUCAAAGUUGUUAUUUUCAUGCUCCAUUACGUAAGUGCUAUCGCUAAUUUACACGAGAAAUUUCCAAACUUGAUUUGCAUCUUAGUUUCGGUGAAUCCCAUCAUUCAAAAUGCAACUUCGAAGAGACGAGAUAUAGUUGUUACAAAGGAGUUGAUGGAGCCUACAACUGUAACUCUUUGGGGAGAUUUUGCUGAAAAUGACGGUGCAUUCCUUGAUAAGCUUAAAGAUGAUAAACCUAUACUCGGCUUAUGUGACGUUAGAGUUUCAAUCUAUAAAGGCCGAUUUGGGAUCUCCACUAUUCCUGUGAGCAGCGUCUUAAUCAAUCCAAUUUUCCAAAAAGCAAUCGACCUUCGAGCCUGGCACGAAAUCAUAGAGGCUCACAACAAAGAUAUUAUAGUAGCACCAACUAAGGCAAUGAGAAGAGCUAUAGAAGUUCCGUUGGACCAUAUUCUUGAUGGGUUGUUGGCUGAAUCGGAGAAGGAAGAAUGUCACUACUACCGCAAAUUGGUGUUGAGUAAAGACAAACAAUUCAACUUCCUUGUCAGAAUUGAUUUGACAGAUGCAAACCCCCGUAGGAGCUUAAUUGCCGAAGAAAUAAAUCAACUAGAAGAUGAAGCACCAAUUAUCCUGGAAGAAGAAGUUAGAUCAGUGAGGAAGUACAGGAAGAGGGCUAAGAAAACCACAAAUGCAGAGGCCCAAAUCAACCAAAAGAAACCCAAAGCCGCAAAAGAUUAG